AUGGUGGGACUAGACCAGAAUAUGUCCUCCAGUCCGAAUCAUGGUUUGAAAGCCACCGGCUCCAAUAGUCGACCUACCAGCAAGGAUGGCUCUAAGAAGAACAUUUGGUCCUCGCUACUGGAUGGUGUCGCCAAUGGAAAGCGUCUUCCGGAAAAGAACCUUUUGAUUCUAGGAGGUACACCCGAAAGUCAGAGAGAAUUCCUAGACACAUUCUCGGCGGAUACAUCUGCAGAUCCGAGUUUAGUGAAUGAGAAGCGAAAGGGCAAGACUCCACCAAUUGCUAACCAGUUUGCAUUGGGAUACACAUAUCGAGAUGUCCUCGAUGCUGACCAAGAAGAUACGCUGGCGCGUGUCUCGGCCUAUCUCCUGUCCGAACCCUCUCCAUCCUUUGCAUCCCUCCUAAAACCUCUUCUGACCCCUCAAUCUGUGCCGGAAACGCUUGUUGUAAUUCUGAUGGAUUGGUCUGAUCCAUGGACAUGGAUUCGUCGACUAAGAGAAUGGGUUCGCCUUCUCCGCUCGGUCUUGGUCUCGCUCGACGACAACACAAAGAUUGUGAUGGAGGAGACGAUGACGGAGUGGCGCGAUCGCAAGAGGGGUAUGGAUGCUAGCGCAGGAGCUGCAGGAAACUUAACAAACUCUGGGGGCCCAGUUACGAUACCUCUCGGACCUGGCGAAUGGGAUGAAGGACUGGGUAUCCCUAUGUGUGUUGUUUGUCAAGGAGGCGAUAAGAUCGAGAAAUUGGAGAAGGAUCAUGGGUGGCAUGAAGAACAGUUCGAUUUCAUUUUGCAAUUCAUGAGAACAAUCCUGCUGAAGCACGGCGCCUCCCUCAUUUAUACUACACCUUUCCUCGCCAACUCUCUCCAAAGCCUGAUCCACUCAUCUCUGGGCAUACACUCCCUUUUGAAACGCCAGUCAUUAAAACAUAAUGUGAUCGACCGAGACAAGAUUAUUGUCCCUGCCAACUGGGACUCAUGGGGCAAGAUCCGUAUUAUUCGCGAAGGAUUCGACAUGGAGGGAGUGUCAACUGCUUGGUCGAUCGAAAUCCAGGAUCCUCCUGAGCCCCUCGGUCAACCCACGGAUGUUGGCAAGGAUAUCGAGAACGAAGAAGACGGAACCAGCGCAGUGGCAGUAUUCGAGCAAACAAUCAAGGACCCGAAGCGGGACAUGACUAUUGCCCAUCCGAACACUACGAACAAGGGGACCAAAAUCGAGAUAGAGACAUCUGAUCUCCAGGGAUUCCUCGCUCAGCAACUUGAAACUCUUGAACAACUCAAGGCUAAGGAUGAGAAGGACCGGGCGAAUGAACCAGUGCCAACACUUGAGAUGUCUCCUAUGGAUGACGAUGGCCGAGUUAACGAGCACAUCGGUCCCGUUCAAUUUAACAUGGGUGGUAUCCAGGUUGAUGCGGACGACAUGCUGAAGAAACUAAGAGAUCGCGAAGCUAGUCGAAGCCAGCGCAAAGAAGGAACACCCACUCCGGUGGAUGAGAAAGCCCAUAACAAAGCCUUAGCAAGCUUCUUCGCCGGUCUGGUCAAGAAACCCAACAGCAGUCCUCGCGGAAGCCCGUCUUCAUAA